AUGGGUCAGUGUAUGUCAAUCGUCAAUAAGGUGGUCACAGAGAUCCAAAAGCAGGAGCAGGAAGCAAAGGAUGGUCAUUCCCAGAAUGCUGCUGCACCUGCCACAAGCUCUGGCAGUCCAGCACCCACCAAAGGCUCCAGUAUAGCAAUGCAUGGCAGCCUUCCAUCCGGUGUGGAAGAGAUUGGUUGCAAAUCUGUCUAUGAUGGUGAUACGUUGACGUUGUCCGAUGGUCGCAGAGUUAGAUUGUUGGGAAUUGAUACCCCCGAGCUCAAGGAAAAACAACCAUUUGCUGAAGAAGCCAAGGAAUAUACCAAUUCUCGAUGCUAUAAACAACAAUUGUUUGUAUACCCCGAACCAGGUGGCGAAAAAACUGAUCACUACGAUAGAACCCUGGCUCACAUUUUCGUUAAAAAGGGUGACAAGUACUUGUGCAUCAAUGAAGGCAUCGUGGAAGCUGGUUUUGCUCGAUUCUACACUCCAAAGGAUGUCAAAUUGCACAACGAAACGAGGCUGCGUAAAGCUCAAGACAAAGCUAUGGCAGCCAAGAGGGGACUCUGGAGUACCUUUGCAGACGAGACCGUCUGCCGCACCCGAAACGGUACAGCUUACCACAAGUCGUCAUGUGAGCAUGUUCAAGGAAGGAACCCACAAGAUAUUCUGGCAUCGAAAGCCAUCGCCCAAGGUCUACAUCCAUGUCGUACAUGCUUUGAGUAG